AGUUGUCAUUACAUAGUCAUUCAAUAAUGUUGGCCUCCACUUUUUCAUUUUUACUUUUAGCAAUCAGUAAAUGUUUAGCAUAUGAUAGUCAAUGGGUACCUAGCUUUUACUUAGGUAAUUAUCCCGAAAGAUUUCAAACACUAAGAAUGUAUCGGGGAUCAUGUGUUAUGUCUUUUAACACUUAUAAAAGUAAACAUUAUAAUGUGGAAAUACCUUUGAUCAAUGGGUCAUUACCAGCUGGGUUUUGCGCAAUACUAUUAACUAGUAUGGAAAACUCUAGUUUGGCCAUAGCAAUAGAACAAGGAUUGACUGAUGUGAAUAACAACUUAUUAAAUCAAAACAUCAAAUUGUUUAAGGUGAAAUAUGGAAAUGUCAAACUUAUUCACGAUAGCUGUGGAUCAAAUGAUGUUCCUGGUUUAACACUGGCUGAAUCAAAUACCGCAAUACUACUAAUAAAAGCUGAUCAAAAUAUAAAUUUCUCAUUAAGUGUAUAUACUUAUCAAUCUUUUAUUACUAAAACAUAACCUUAUAAUUAAAAUUUUUUGACUUCAAGAAAACUAAUUUAUAUAAGAUAUUAUCAUUAUUAGUAUUAACAUAUAUUA